AUGGUGGUGAAUGAAAGUGUGGACAGUUUCACCUGCCCCAACAGCGAGACGUCCCGUAUAGACUGCGACCCUGGGGGUGUGGCAAUCGCAGCCGUGUUCUCCCUACUGGCCAUCACCACCGUUCUGACCAACGUUGCCGUCAUCGUGGUCAUCGUGAAGGACAAGCGGCUGAGAGAGGCGUACCACUACCUGUACAUCUUUAGCCUGGCUCUGGCAGACUUAUCCGUGGGCGCCCUGGGAAUCCUAUCGUGUUAUAUGUACUACCUGAUAUGCACGGACCCGGCCGACUGCAAGAGCUGGAAGGCUCUGGACUUUCUAACUGGCGGAGUGUCCAUGUCUAACCUAGUCGUGAUCUCCGUGGAUCGUUUCCACGCUUUCGCGUCGCCGCUCCAACACAACAGCAGCAAGAAGAGCAAGAAACGUAAAGUGGCGAUCUUGGUGGUUGCCUGGGUUAUUCCUACCGUAGCUUGGAGUAUACCAGUGGGCGUGCCAAACUCUAUCUACGAUACAGGAGAAGUUGUCGGCGACCUGCCGGUUCUUUCGCUGUAUUCCACUCUCUUCCACUUCUUGCCGUCGACUAUUAUUGUGGUACUGUACGUGCGAAUCUUGAUCAUCAUACUUAAGCUCACCAAGAGCACGGCUGAGAACGCGCGCUCUCCCAGCGACGCCACCAACCUGGGAGUCGGUGGCGGAACCAGACUUGACAAGAAGGCGAAGACGUCCGACGAGCUCCAGGGCAGGUACCGAAUCAUGUCGGGCCCGGCCGCGGUGGGCAUGUACGCGAGGAGGUCAACAACGACGACAACGAUGUCGCGAAGCUCACCUGUUACACGGCCGAGAGCCGCGACCAGCCCUGCUGCCCCGACCACAGGCACAGAACCCUGGCCGUGGGCAAAACGUCCUCCUAGACGAGAAUCGGCUAUUUUCACCAUCACUGACGGCGAAACAACGUGCCACGUCUCGAAGCCUGAGGUGAAGAUGACUUCGGAACAGCCGAGCUACAAGAAGAGACGUGCCGGUUACCACGCAAACUUCAUCGUGCGUUACCACGACGGGGACUCGGAGUCCGACGCGCUUUCGCGGCCAGAGGUAGUCGUAGACCGGCCGAAGCUCUACGCCCACGAGCGCGUGCUUUCAAACAUUCGCAACCAGCGCAGGUACGAGGCUCUCAUGGCGCGGCACAGGCGGGCCACCCGCCUUCUGGUCGAAAGAAUCGCUGCCUUCAUUAUUUGUUGGAUCCCUUACAGCAUUGUAUUAUUAAUAUUGCCAUUAAACACACUGGUUGGAUUGCAGGAAGUCUACAAAGUUACAAAAGCGCUGUCGUAUCUGAACUCUACCUUGAAUCCGUUGCUUUACGCUUUCGGAAACUAUGACUACAGGCGAGCUCUCUGGGAACUGUUCUGUAAAAAGAGACGCGACGUUUCCCUGGCAGUGUACAGGCCAUCUCAAAACAAUGUACAGUUUAGAGACAUGAACAGGUUUACAUAG